AUGGGUGACAGUGCAGAAUCAGGUCCUCCAGAAAUCUUGGAGAAUCAGACUGCCAAACUUAAGAGCAGUUCCACAAACAUCCGUAUUGAAGCCUUGCGAAGACUGCUUCAUUCUGUCCAAGCCAGUGAGGAUGAAUCCGAGCUGCGCCAUACCCUGAAUCUCCUGCCUGCCGUCCUCGAGACUUAUCCACGCUAUGCAGACCGCAAGUCUCGCCGGGCAGUUCAAUCAUGUCUUCGAGCCUAUUUGAAUGCUUCCACUUUGGCCGCACCUACAUUUAGUGCAAUAACAAAAUACCUGGUGCAAGAGAGCCAAAAAGCCGUCAUAGCCCCAGCGAGUGCAUUCGUACUGCUUGAAUGGGCCUGCCUUGUUCAGCAAGAAUGCGUACGCAAUCAAAAACCCUUCGCUACCGUCUAUCCCACCGUUUCCGUUGCGGCUGCUCGAUUGGUUGAUAAAUGUGAGGAUACAAGUGUCCGCGGUGGCAUUCAACAUUCUGCGUUGGUCAUUGCGAGGAGGGGCCUACGUGAUGCCUUCAAAUCUACAACCCUAGGUGCUGAUGCCUUGGAGCUCACUCUAAAAGCAAUUACGGGUGCAUCGGACUCGGGUUCUGGAUAUGCACCUUAUGUGGGUAUCAUUGCUGGCGUUAGCGCACGUAUCCCAGAGAGAAAAGAACAACUGAAGGCUCGAAAGGCUGAAGUGUUGGACUUUUAUGUCAAGUCAAUUGUGGGCUCCAAAUCUCCCGUACCUCAUCAUGAGUCACAUGGCCUAGAAGACUUCUUUCAGGAAUUUGCGACGAUCGAGGACAUUACUGGGGUCGUGGUUCCGGCAGUUGAGAAAGCGGUCUUGCGAUCUCCAGAGGCGAUCCUCCAAGGCCCCCUUGUCGACCUCGCCUCUUGCAUCUCUUCUGACAUUGAUACAUCAGGUCUUGUUCUAUCAAAGCUUUUGAAGCCCCUCCUAUCAGCUCUCAAUUCGACAAAUGCCACAGUCCGCGAUGGUGCCGGUAAGGCUUUGUUGGCCCUUAUUGGUAGAGGCGGAGAUCUCUCGAAUCUUCGAAAAAUUGCGAUUGAGAUUGCGUCAACAAUUAAAUCAUCCAAGCCUGCAAGCUUCGAUCUACGUGGCAUGCUUGCGGAUGUUUUACAAACCAUCUCGUCCGAAUUGAACACUUCUGCGGCUAUCAUCCAAGCACUUGUUCCUGCAGCAACAAAGGAAGCAAAUGAAGGAGCUUUGAAGAAAGAACUGCUGGCAUUAGCACCACAUUUGACAACAGUCAUCUCAACCUCGAGUAUUGACAAGUCAAUUUCAGAUCCGCUCCUGAAAGGGUGUGUCGAAAAGCGGCCAGUUUUUCGGAAGCUCUGGCUGCUUUGUGUUGCUAGUGUUCUAAAAGGGCUUAACGAAGCACCACCACAAGGUUCUUCAAGAGAAUUUCUCAAAGCAUCUCUGAAGGCAUUGAAAGAUGUCCACGACGAGUUUGCCCUGAGUCCUCUUCCUGCUACCCAGAACGGUUCUGUGGCAGCAGCAUUUGGUCUUCCUGCUCUCCUGAACUCACCAAUCUUACUGCUUGAUGAAUACAAAUCAAAAUCUUAUGAACAAAUGAGGCAACAGCUUCUACAUGUUGUUCCAAAGAUAUCUAUCUUGAUCAACCCGAAAGUUUAUGGCCGUCUGACAACAUCAGAGGACACACACUGGACGCUGCUUGCAUUGAUGACACUCGCCCCAGAGCUUGGCAAUGCUGAUGAUGAUUCCAAAACAGCAUGGGCAAGAGCAAUCUUACAUCUCUUGCUGACACCAGAAGUGGAUUCAGAUGUUCGAAAAGAGACUGGUGCAGGUCUAUCGCGCGUUUACCUAGAAUACCCUGCUGCGGUAGGCUCAAGCAUUGUCCUGGGCAUCUGGGAUUACCUGCGUGCACGCGCACAGGAAACCACGAGUCAUUCGGACAACUUAGAGCUUAUCGCUGAUCAACGACUCUUACUCGCAGUGAAGUCCAUUAGUCCCACGAAAGAAAAAUGGACAACAAUCGAUCAUGAGUUUCCAGGAGACACUCUAGAUCAACAAGCGAUUGCUACUGUUGCCCUUCUCAGGCCCGAAUUAAUUGCAAACGCGGACUGGAUUGCAAACUGCCUUGCCAUUGGAAUUGAUCCUGGCAAUCUGGCCGCAGCGAACCAAGAAGCAUUUCUCUCAGAGCUCCUCUCACAUUUUGAACAGAACAAACUCGCACCGCUCAACAAGUUCGAAGUUGCUGCUUGUGAUGCAGCAGCCACGUUGGCUUUUGUCUCCCCGGAUUCCUUCACUCCAUCUCUGGUUGCCCAGUUUACAAAAGAUCUCGAAUCAUCUCAGUUGGCCGGAAUUGGUCCCACAGAGGCAUUGAUUGCCCGCGCCCCAGAAGGAACAGUAGUGGUCGAUGUACUCGGUCAGCAAACGAAUGAAGUACUUGACAACAAGAAUCAGAAAGACUAUGAUGUCCUCAAGUGGGAGGAAGAAAUACGUGCCCAGCUUUCAAAGAAAAAGGGUGCUCCUCAGAAGAAGUUGACAGCCGACCAGCAGGCUAAGGUUGACUCUCAACUCGCUCUUGAAGUGGAGACCAGGCAGAGAAUCCGGGUUAUAUCUGCAAAUCUUAGACGAGGUGCCGGCUUCAUUCAAGGUUUGGCUCGUGGUCCCCCAACCGAUGCACGGAAGUGGAUGACUCCUGCGACCACUUCUAUCCUGAAUGCACUUGAAGUUGGUGCGUCUCUUAUCGUUGACGAUGAACUCUUCACAUCAUACAUUGCUUGCGCCACGCAAAUCUCAGAUCGCUUAGGUACCAUGCGUCCGUUUAUAGGAAUCGCAACCUUGAGGUCUCUCCGCAACGCCAGCGUGCCAGAAAACCUGUCAAGUGAACCUCUCGCAGAGCUUGGCACCAGAGUGUUGUACAGACUCAGAUUUGCUGCUGAACAGCGGCCCUUUGAUACGGCAACCACGGCUUACGCAUUGCCACUAAUAUUUUCAGUCCUUGAAAGUGGGCGAGUAGGCGAGGUUGAGGACGACGAGGCCGAUGCGCAGGUCCUUCUUGCCCUUGAGUUUUUGUCGUUUCAAGUUGGAUCUGGUGCCGAUGAGUUCCUUCCAAGGGCAGACAUUCUUCAACAUCUCAUCAAAGCCAUGCAGAAAUAUAAUCAACACUACCGCAUCGUCAAAGACUGCUUGCUCGACUUUAGCCGAUCCAUUUCGGACAAUAUUACGGCCAGGGAACGUGGCAUCCUUCUUGCCGCCACUACAUUACCCGAGACCUCUACACGUUCAGCGGCUCUUCAAGCGAUACAUUCCGAACUUGAUCUUGCGGAGAUUGACUUCUCCGUUCAUAUUUGGAUUGCAUGUCAAGAUGAAGAAGAUGAAAACGCCGAAUUGGCCCUGGCAAUUUGGCAGGAUCAUGAGUUCACAGUCACCAAGGAAAUGAUUGACAGCAUACCAGAGUUUCUCUUUUCCCCAAGCCAGUCAACCAGAAUAGCCUCAUCCAAGGCCCUUGCUCAAGCACUUGUUCAGGUUGACACCAAGACGGAUGAAAUCCUCGAACGGUUGCAAGAGGCUUAUCGUACUGAAGCACAGCCUCUUGUUCCAAAACGGAACAAAUUUGGAAUCGUUCAAAAAGCCGAUCUAGUGGAUCGAUGGGAAAAGAGAAGUGGACUUGCUUUGGCUUUCAAGGAGUUGUCUUCGGUAUUGAGUACAGCAUCCUUGAUGCCUUUCAUGACCUUUCUGGUCUCAGAAGGUCCGCUCUCUGAUCGUCAUACAGUAGUACGGGAAGAAAUGGUCAAUGCCGGAACUGCGACCGUUGCUAGCCGCGGCAAGGAGCAGCUAGAGCCUCUCAUGGGGUUGUUCGAAAAGGUUUUACAGGGUCCAGAUCAAGCUACGCAGGAGGCAGACUGGGUCAAUGAAGCAGUCAUCGUUCUCUAUGGGUCACUCGCAAGGCACCUUCCGGAUGGUGACAAACGAACGCAGAGCGUGAUCAGUAAGCUCCUUGAGACAUUAAGCACACCCUCAGAGUCCGUGCAGUAUGCUGUUGCAAACUGUCUUCCUCCAUUAGUGCGACCGCAAAAUCUUGAUGCUGGAAUAUAUGUGUCGUCAUUGUUACAGCAGCUUCUGCAGUCCAAAAAGUACGCCGAGCGCCGUGGUGCUGCGUACGGACUUGCUGGUAUCGUCAAAGGCAAAGGAGUAGCAAUUAUCCGACAGCUCAGGAUCAUGUCAGCACUCAGGGCUGCAACUGAAAACAAGAAGAGUGCUGAACAGCGACAGGGAGCAUUGAUGGCUUACGAAUUACUUUCUCUGCUCCUUGGCCGGCUGUUCGAACCAUAUAUCAUUGAAGUAUUACCGCAAUUGCUUGGGCUAUUUGGAGAUCCUACAGCAUCAGUUCGUGAAGCCUGCCUGGAUACUGCAAAGACGUGUUUCGCAAGUCUUAGCUCAUUCGGCGUGAAUCGUGUGCUUCCACAGCUGCUUGAAGGUCUGGAUGAAACACAAUGGCGAAGCAAGAAGGGUGCUUGUGAUCUUCUUGGCGCAAUGGCUUACUUGGAUCCCCAACAACUUGCCACCAGUCUACCCGAUAUAAUUCCUCCUCUCACCUCAGUGCUCACUGACAGUCACAAGGAAGUGCGCGCUGCAGCAAAUAGUAGUCUGAAGAGAUUUGGCGAAGUCAUCACCAAUCCAGAGGUCAAGAGUCUGGUCGAUAUCCUACUGAAGGCUCUGAGUGAUCCGACGAGAUACACAGAAGAAGCGUUGGAUGGCCUCAUCAGAGUUUCAUUCAUACACUACCUGGAUGCUCCAUCACUUGCUUUGGUGGUAAGGAUCUUGGAAAGAGGUCUUAACGACCGAUCAGCGACAAAACGAAAAGCUGCCCAAAUCAUUGGUAGCUUGGCCCAUCUGACAGAAAAGAGGGACAUCGUUGUACACUUGCCUAUUCUAGUAACUGGAUUACGGCUUGCGUCAGUUGAUCCUGUACCCGCAACCCGAGCUACAGGCUCCAAGGCGUUGGGUAGUCUUGUUGAAAAGCUUGGUGAAGACGCCUUUCCUGACCUCAUACCUAGCCUCAUGGCAUCACUUCGUACAGAUACAGGUGCUGGAGACCGUCUUGGUUCGGCACAAGCCCUCAGUGAAGUGCUUGCCGGUCUUGGAACCGCUCGCCUGGAAGAAACCCUACCCACUAUUUUGCAGAACGUUGCGAGCCCAAGAGCCACGGUGAGGGAAGGAUUCAUGACAUUAUUCAUAUUUCUGCCAGCGUGCUUUGGAAAUGGUUUCGCCAAUUAUCUAUCCCAAAUCAUCCCGUCCAUUCUUAGUGGAUUGGCAGAUGAUAUGGAAGCUAUACGUGAUACUGCUCUCCGUGCAGGUCGAUUGCUCGUCAAGAAUUUUGCCACAAAAGCAAUUGAUCUGCUCUUGCCAGAACUGCAGAGAGGAUUGGCAGAUGACAGUUAUCGCAUUCGUCUCAGCUCUGUCGAACUUGUCGGAGAUCUACUUUUCAAUCUGACUGGUGUCAGCGCCCAAGCAGAGGCAGAAGAGGAAGGUGGUUCUGCUGCUCAAGCUGGGCAAUCACUCCUUGAAGUUUUGGGUGAAGACCGCCGGAACAAAGUUCUUUCUUCCCUAUACAUAUGUCGCUGUGAUACUUCCGGUAUGGUUCGAGCUGCUGCUAUCGCAGUCUGGAAGGCAUUAGUCGCAACUCCAAGAACACUCCGUGAAUUGGUGCCAACACUCAGUCAAAUGAUCAUUGCUCGUCUUGCAUCUUCCAACAUGGAACACAAGGUUAUCGCAGGCAAUGCUCUUGGCGAAGUCAUCCGAAAAGCUGGAGAAGGUGUAUUUGCCUCCCUGCUCCCUUCGCUUGAGGAGGGUUUGCAGAUCUCGACCGACCCAGACAAACGACAGGGAAUCUGUAUUGCCCUACGCGAGAUUGUCAAUGCAGCACAGCCAGAAUCCUUGGAAGAGCAUGAGAAGAAACUGAUUUCGAUCGUACGGUUAGCCUUGACAGACUCCGAUCCAGAGGUACGAGAGGCUGCCGCCGAAUCUUUUGAUUCACUACAACAAACCUUUGGGAAACGUGCCGUCGAUCAAGUACUGCCUCAUCUUCUCAAUCUUCUACGAAGCGAGUCAGAUGCAGAGAAUGCACUGUCAGCUCUCUUGACGUUGCUUACCGAAACAACAAGAGCAAACGUGAUCCUGCCUAACUUGAUUCCUACCCUACUCACCAACCCUAUCACAGCUUUCAAUGCUCGAGCACUAGCCUCAUUGGCCAAGGUUGGUAGCUCUAGCAUGACUCGACGACUGCCGUCAAUACUUAACAGCCUGGCUGACAACAUCGUCAAAUGUAAAGACGAAGAACUUCUGGACGAUUUGGACCAAGCCUUUGAGGCAGUUCUUUCAUCGGUUGAUGAGUUUGACGGCCUGAACACUGCCAUGAGUGUGAUGCUCGCAAUGAUCAAGCACGACGACCACCGAAGACGAGCGGUGGCCGCGAAUCAUCUUGCCAAGUUCUUUGCGACAUCGUCUGUGGAUUAUUCGCGCUACAACCAAGAUCUCAUUCGUGCAUUGCUUAUUUCUUUUGGAGAUCGAGAUCGAGAUGUGGUUCAGGCUGCCUGGUCUGCAUUGAGCCAGCUACAAAGCCACCUUCGGAAAGAGGAGAUGGAGGCUCUGGUCAAUUCUACUCGCCAAGUCUUGCAACAAGCGGGCACUGAAGGCUCAAUACUCCCCGGCUUUACGCUUCCAAAGGGCAUUCUACCUGUGCUCCAGAUUUUCCUUCAAGGACUAAUGAAUGGCACCUCUGAACAACGUGUACAAGCAGCCAUGGGAAUUUCCGAUAUUAUUGAUCGAAGUGGCCCUGAUGCCUUGAAACCAUUCGUCACGCAGAUUACUGGUCCGCUGAUUCGAGUUGUUGGCGAACGCUCCAUGGACGUCAAAUGUGCUAUUCUGGCGACACUCAAUCAAUUGCUCGAAAAGAUACCCACCUUCCUCAGACCAUUCUUACCACAGCUGCAGAGAACAUUCACCAAAUCCAUCGCAGAUCCAAGCAGUGAUCUUUUACGAACUCGUGCCACAAAGGCAUUGAGCACCUUGAUUACUUUGACACCAAGGGUUGAUCCGCUCAUUGCCGAAUUAGUCACCGGGUCCAAGACGACCGAUCCAGGUGUACGUAACGCAAUGCUUAAAGCAUUGCAAGAAGUAGUCAGCAAGGUUGGGGCUAGCAUGAGUGAUGCAUCAAGGGAUUCUAUCCUUGGGCUUAUGGACGUCCAGUCGGAUGCGCCUGGUGACACUAUGACGGUGACAAUUGCACGCCUUCUUGGAGCCAUGAUCAAAGUGCUUCCGGCAGACAAGGCAGCACCGUUGAUCAAAAGUCGAGUUCUCGCCCUACCAGCUUCCAGUGCUUCAGUUCUUGCCCUUAACUCUGUCCUUUUGGAGAGCCCAUCGACACUUGUUGAUGGUUACUCUCAGGAAACGCAAGAAGUAAUUAUUGCCGGGAUUUCGGGAAGAAACAUCUUCGUCCAACAAAACUCGGUGCUGGGUGCAGGUAAAUUCCUGUUGGCGGACACAAUAGUCUCCAAUACCGAGGCAGUGCAACCGUUAUUCGAAGCAUUAUCCUCAGUUGUCGCUCCAGGCGGUGAUAUCGACUCGCGUCGUCUAGCACUAGUGGUAAUACGGACCGUGGCACGACAUCACGGGGACGAAGUGCGGGAGUUCCUAUCAUUCUUGAUCCCACCAGUCUUCUCGUCCGUCCGUGACCCAGUCAUCCCCGUCAAACUGGCCGCCGAAGCAGCAUUCCUGGAACUCUUUGGCGUCAUGGACGAGGAAUCAGCCAUCUACGACCAGUACAUGGCAGGCCCCGGCAAAGGACUGCCGGCCGGGCAACAACGGCCGAUGAACGACUAUUUCAAGCGGGUUGCUCUGCGGCUGGGGGCGCAGGCACGAGAGAGGAGAGAGGCGGAGGGUGGACAGGGAGGCUUGGGACUGAGUUCGGAUGAACAGGAGGAUGAGCGCGAGUUGUGGAGCGUGGGCAAAGUGGACCUCAGUGAGGUUUUUGCCGAUGAGUGA